AUGUUUUACAGCCACGAGAUUUUGACGAGCCAGAAGCAUGGCGUUGCGACAGUCUGGGUUCUUGCCACGCUGGACAAGAGCUGUGCCAACCGCAAGGUGUCUCGAAAGGCAAUACAGGAAGUAAAUGUCCCAAAAGCGUGCGUCACCAUCGAUGAGCCCCCAGGAGCACCCAUCGCCCUGAGGCUCCAGGCAAGCCUACUCUAUGGUGUGUCUAGAGUAUACCAGCAGCAAUGCCAAUACGUGCUGGGAGAUGCGGAAAAGUUCCAGAUCAACAUGCGAGGUUUGUUGCGCGUAUUGAACUCUGGGACCUUGGAUCCCAAUGCCGGAAGGGCGAAGAAAAAGCAGUUGAUGAUUCAAGACGAUCCUGAGUUUCACAUCAGUAACUUCCUCGAUCUACCUCCGCUUGAUCUGGAUGAGCUAGGUAAUUUGAGGCCAACUGCUUUCGAAUCUCAGUUCACCAACAAGUAUUCGCAACUUUCACCUUUUUCUUCGCAGCAACGAUCAUCAUCUGGACGUGACUCAUUGCCCAUGGAUUUUGGCGCUGCUUCCUUCUUUGGGAGCCAAUUUGGUCCCGAUCCGUUUGGAGGAGAUAGUUCUGUUCAGAAACCACAUGCCGGGGUCGACAUGUUUGCUCAAGAAGAGCUACCUCUGCGCCUGGAAGAUUUUGACGCCGGUUUUACCAUUGAUGCCGACGGAAACAUUCACGAACACCCGGAGCCGGAGUUACCUCAGCCCGACGUCACUAUUGAUGCCCAGCAUGUGCAUGAUCGCCCAGGACCGCAGCACCACUCGGACGAAUUCAUUCCUCUUAUGCUUGACGACGAAGCCCUUCUUGGUCAUGGCGAUGCGCCUCUGCCAGAUGCAGAUGCCCUACCAGUCAGACAGCACGAUGAGGACCCUGAUUCUGUGCAGCCAGAAAUUGAUGCUGCUGUGACUGCUGCUUCAAGGAAACAGGGACGACGUCGGAAGGCUCUUGCGCCAGAUACAGCCACCGAGGUCAACAGAACCGAUAUUCGCGAUUGGAACGAGAAUUAUGUACAGAGAAUGGAGGAGGAGAACGAGCGUCACAGAAAGCGUCGGGAUCAUGUGACAAAGGACCAAGCAGCCCAGAACGCUUACAACGUCAUGUUUGGUCGUGGCAUAGGUGGAGUUGGUCAAGACAUGGGCCUUCCAGGUUUUCAACAUGAGUUAGCUGAGUACUUUGCCGGCCACGGCCUUCAGAUGGCAGUUUUCGGUCGGAUCGUCGGAGAAGACCCGCAAAGUCGACGCAGGUCAGCUUCGAAUGCUUUCGGCGAAGACCAAGAUGCCGAAUCUGAAGAAGGCCGGCGCGUCCGCCCUCGAUCUGACGACGGAGAUGAAGCCCGCCAGAGACUGUCCCAGGACAGACAAUUUGAAGACGACGACCACGGACUCGACUUUGGCGAAUUUGAUUCUCUACCCGAGGUUGGCCGUGAGAUAGGCCACCCGCUAUCAGACCAGCCUCCACCCUGGCACCGUCACUCCAUACUACAUGGAUCAUCAAUGAAGGGCAGCAGUGCAAAACGUGCUGCUGGUCAAGGCCCUCGCCAAGUUCUAGAAAGCCCGCUUCAACAUAGAGGCAGUGCUGUCCAAGACUUUGUGCGAUUUAGUGAUAAUGAUGGUCUAGGAUUCGAUGGUAGCGCUGGCAUGGGCUCUGUCGAUGGCCUGUCUCCCGGUCAACCCAACUUUCACUUCCAGGAGGACGUCGCAAAUCAUAACAGCUCUUAUGCCAGCACUGAGGGUCGCGAUUUCCUAUCCUACGUUCAGGCACAUGCGCGUGAGACAGGCAAUCCGCGUAGCAAAGGGGACGAACUUUGGGUCGACUUCGCCGAUAUAUUCCCUCCAAGCUCUACUGCACGAUUCAAUGCGGCAUCGGCCUUCUACCAACUCCUUUGUCUGUCAACCAACCGCACAAUCAAGGUCGACCAGGAGGGCAGAGACCGCAACCACAUAUUUCCGUUUGGCAAGAUUGAGGUCGGCGUUUGUAUUGACGCCCUACCGUCUGAAGAAGGCGGAGAUAUUGAAUACGAUCUCCCCGACAUUGGAAAUGGGGCAGGUCAUGACGAGAACGAUGAUGACGGCGAUGAGGUGGGCUCUCAGGCUGGUGCCUUGCAAGCACACUAA